AUGGAGGAAAGGAAAGGUCUUUUGACUUUUAUUUCGAACUUUGACGCGGGAAAUCUGGCCCGUGUUGAAAAAGUAAAGCAAGAGGAAGGCAGCUCUUGUACUGAAGAUGCGGACGGGACGGUCACUAUUGUUCCUGAUUAUGACUAUAAUGUUUGGACCGCUCCUGAUUGUGCAGGAACAGACUAUGAAAAUGGUAACAGAACUUGGUUUUAUUUUGGCGUCAAAGGAGGCCAGCCAGGCAAACUUUUGCGAAUAAAUAUUAUGAACUUGAACCGCCAAGGAAAGCUGUAUGGUCAAGGAAUGACUCCUCUCGUGAAAGUGGUCCCGUCAAGGAAUAAGUGGGAAAGGAUACGGGAUAAGCCAAAAUAUGAGGUAAGGGCUAUUUUUGUAAAGGCGUUAUGAAAAAUAAACAUCAGUUGUGUCAGUUUUGAUUUAAGCCAAAAUUAAAACUAUGCAGAAUCGCUUAGUUUUAAUUGCAUUGAAUGGCUUUAAUCAAUUCUGUCACCUGUUAAACAAAGAAUGUUUGUCACGGUUGUUAGCGUGUAGUUUUGAAGUCGUUGUGUUUUAUCUCGUUUUACGCAUGGACUGUCUUGACAAUAGUAUUAAGCUGUACAUUACAGUAAUUACAGUAAUUUCAAAUUGCUGCAAAUAAUGUGGGAAACAAUCUAUUUUCUGCAACAACUAGCUGAAGAUUUGCAGUUUUGAUUCUGGUACAGAAAUUUGGCUUUCAAUCAGGAUUGUGGUUUCAUGAGACAUUUUGAAUGCCUACAUCCAGGCAUGUCACUAACAGCAGGUUGCUGGCUAAUUUCACAGGCUCUGAAAAAGACCAUACCAUUGACUCAAAUUCCUCUGGAGAACAGAGGAAAAAUUUGGAAGGUAAAGUUGAGUGAAAAAGCCAUCUUGACCGUUAGAAAUGCCUGCUCAGCUUUUCCUUUGCUACAUCACUGGUUACCAAUAUUACUGAUCGGUAUUUGACAGAGUACCAGUAGUAUGCUUUUAAGCAAGGGCAUAUUUAAACCCCGGGCUGCAAUUUAUCUUUGUUUUUCUUUUUUAGACAGAGGAUGGUCAGUUCAAACUGUCAUUCACAUAUCGUUUUCCUGAUCAGCGGAAUGGUGUAUGUUACUUUGCUUUUUGCUAUCCAUACUCUUACUCAGAGAGCCAGGCAAAGCUAGAAGAAUUAGACCAUAAUUUCAGCAGCUGUCAGCAAAUGUCAUCAUCAUCUCCAAAGGAUGACAUUUACUACCAUCGGGAACUUCUUUGUUACUCACUGGACCACCUUAGGGUUGAUCUGUUAACAAUAACAUCAGCUAAAGGUAUUUUGGACAGCAGAGAGGAUUGGCUGCCGAGCCUCUUUCCUGAAAAAACAGUUCCAAGAGCACACCGGUUUCAAGGGAAAAAGGUCAGUAUGUGAAGGUUUCUUGCACUUCAAUAAACAGCUAACACAUGGAGUAUGUGCAUCUCAAUAAAUUAUUUUUAUUUUGCACAAACUGCAUUAUUUUUUGGCAUUAUUAUCAUGAAAGUGUCAGAUUCAUGAAAAAUGUCUUUUCUAGAACUAUAAUUAAUAUUUAGCAGGGCUUGAGUCAUCUGGGACAACUAGAUUUUCAGGAUGGACAGGUUAUCUUUCAUCCUUUACUUGCCCAAUGGGCAAUGUUCAGGCAAGUCUAAGUCUAACUAAAUCAUAAACUAAGACAUUAGUGCGCAAGCCCUGUAUUAGAAGGCUCACUCUUGAAUUUAAUCAGGUUUGAUGGUUAACUACAGGCAACAAAAGAGUUAAGUUUGCCUUACAAAUAAUAAUAAUUAUUAUUGUUGUAAACUUUAGUGUAAAUUCUGUAGAAGUUGUACUUUUCUGGGUCAUGUCACUUUAUUACGUUUACCUAUACAGAUUUACUUUGAUUUUUCAAACCACUAUCUUAAUUUGUACAUGUUAAGUUGCCAACCAGAACUGCUGCAUUUGUGACUCUUGCAGGUGUUUUUCCUGAGUGCAAGAGUACAUCCUGGCGAAACGCCAUCAAGUUUUGUGUUUAAUGGUUUCCUGGAUUUCAUUUUACGUAGAGAUGAUCCAAGGGCUGCAGCGCUGCGAAACCAAUAUGUUUUUAAAAUGAUACCAAUGUUAAAUCCAGAUGGUGUCAAGCGUGGUCACUACCGUACUGACACUCGAGGUGUAAAUUUGAACCGUGUUUACCUUGAUCCUGAUCCUUUACUUCAUCCUUCAAUAUUUGCCGCCAAGAGUGUUAUUGUAUACCAUCAUAAUAAUGGCAACUUGCAUCAAAACUCUGAUGUUGAGAAAGUUUGCACUUGCAAUGCUGGAAGUGAGGAAGAGGCUGUUCUCCUGCAGAAUACCUCCAAAUCUUUAGUCAACAAUGCCAUUUUGGAUGUUACAACAAUUCCGGUCGCAUUAAAGCCAGGUUCACCUGAUUCUGAGUCUGUUAAGUUGGAGUUACAUAGUGUAACUUUAGACAAGGAUGAUGUCAAUAACAACAGUGAUACCAUGGAAACUGCAUUGCUAUCUAAAAAUUUAGAGUCAUUGGCUUUGGAGGAUGGUGUUUUGUCCAGUCAAGAAAAGGAAAUUUCAUCGAAAACUGAUGCUCAAAAGGAGACUUCAAUUUUCAAUCAGCUUUCAAAUGAAAGCACCAGCAGCAUGUCAAGUGAUAUGUCAAACAAUGGUCCUCCGAAACAGUUAGCUCAAAGAAAAGUUGAGCAAACACAAGAGUUGCAAAACUGUUGCAAUAACUGUUUGUCCAAGACUUGUGGUGAAAGCAGCAGUGGUGUCGCAUACUACGUUGAUCUUCAUGGCCAUGCUUCUAAGAGGGGAUGCUUUGUUUAUGCAAACUACCUGGACAAUGAGGAUGACUAUGUGAGAUCUAUUUUGUUUCCAAAACUCAUUUCCUUGAAUUCAGCCAACUUUGACUUUGCAGCUUGCAAUUUCACAGAAAAGAAUAUGUAUAGCAAGGAUAAGAGGGAUGGCAUGUCCAAAGAAGGAAGUGGUAGGGUGGCUAUUUAUAAGGCCACUGGAAUUGUACAUAGGUAUGGCAACUUACAAAAAUAUUGAGGCAAUGAAAUUUUGACACCGUGACAGCUUCCAUACUCACCACUGAGAUUCUUAGUUUGACGGUUCCUGGUGUUUGCCGCUCACAGAACGUUCAUGGUUACCUUCUGCGACUGCUUGCAGCUCCCUUAGUUUGUCCAUGCACCUUCCCCACACCCAUCUCAUACAGAAAACUAUUGGCAAUGGGUUUAAGUCCAGUUAACUACCUAAUUUUUAUUUUAAUAUUAAUAGGGAUCUUCAAGCUCCCAUAUCAUGUGUUUUCCCAGAAAAGUCCCUCCCCUUAAUGUUAGUUUGCACAUUCAAGAAAUACGAGAAAAUAGACAGUGGCUUAAUCUAUCCUCACUUUCAAUUUUUAGGAAAACAAUUCUCCUCCAUUAAGUCUGAGCUCUAUAUAAUACUCUGUGCAUAAUCCCAUAUUUUUGCAGUUUCUGAAGAUCAAUGUAGCCAAUUUUAUAGUUUUUUGAACGAAAAACUGUUCUUUGAACUCAUGAUCACCAUCCCUAUGGCUCUUGGCUGAAACUUUUAAAACGUGACCAGGUCCCUAGUUACAACAGAAAUCUCUUGCAUAACUUCAGUAUAACAAGUUUUUGAACUCAAUCAGAAAGAUAAUAUGUAUAUUUUUUAUUUAUACACUUCUAGCUAUACAUUGGAAUGUAAUUACAACUGUGGAAGGACGGUGAAUUGUUUACCACCAGCCACUUGUGAUAGUGGGCGUGCCACACCACCCCCAUCUCCAGGCUUUCCACCCAAGUAUACACCUGAUAUUUAUGAAGAGGUACAGUCAUGUAAAUACGAAAAUCUUAAAAACAUUAAGGUUGACUAAUUAAACAAGAGAACUAAGGGUUGGAGGAGGAAGAGGAGGAGGCAGGGCUAAAAAAUGUCAAGUCCAGUAGUCCAGGACUGGUAGAUUUUCUUGCGAGGCAAGUAAAUUUUUUAAAGCUCACUUGCCCAAUGGCCAAGGGUCUAGGAAAGUCAUCCCUUCAUUAAUUCAUAAACUAAGACAAGACAUGGCCCCAGGCAAUCAAAUUGUGAGGGUUGCUUGCCCAAAGGCUGGAAUUCAAGUUUUUUUCUUUAGCCCUGCUGAAAUAUUUUAACUUGAUGAUAGCACUAAAUAAGGGCAACUGAACUGCAGUAAACUUCAUCAGUACAUUGCAUUUUUUUAUACCUGUAAUUCUCUCACAUCUCACUGUUAAAACAAUACUGACCUGAAAGAUUUGUAAAUGUAGGUUGGACGAGCGCUAGCAGUUGCUGUGCUAGACAUGAACAAUUCAAAUCCUUGGUCACGUCUUCCCCUUAGUGAGUUCUCGUCUUUGGAAGGUGUAAGAAACUGGAUCAAAAGAUUUGUUAAGAGCUCCAAGAAUGCACCUUCAGUUCCAAAGAAACUUUCUCGAGUAAUCACUAAAACCUCCAGGUUUGUUUGUUUAUUCACUGAAUACUGUUUAAGUCUUACAGUGUAUUUAGAUAGCAUGCUACAACUGUACCUUAGAUACUGUGUCUCCUAUACAAAUUUAACCUGUUUAUGAUUAUUUAGGGAAGACAUAAAAGCUAACUACGAAGGCAAAUAUUUUGUGUUGUUAGAGAUGCCUUUCAAGCUUUAAAACAUGUAUAAGUAUAUCACACCUGGUAACUUGAAUAAGGCAUUUUUCUCAAGGGGGAGCAUAAACAGGAGAGAGAAAAAUUUAUAAAAAUAGAACACCUGAUCAGAGGCAGAAUAAUUAAUAUGAGGUACUGUUAAUCAAAUCUUCGGCUUUUUUGUUUGUUUGUAACAACCAAAAGUGUUCAACGCUUAUAUGUAUAAUUAUCAUUACAGAAACUUGAAUGAGAUAUAAUAGUUUAAAACACCAUGGUUAACAAUAAUAAUUUCACCUGUGACAAUUUGCCUUACUUGCAGCAUGGUUGCAGGAGCAACAGCAGGUACUCGGCAGAAAUUAUCAGCCUUGACAAGUUCAUCAAGUGACAUGUCAUCAGAUAACAAUGCUGCUGCCAAGGUCUCUGAGCCAUUCCCAUCUCAGAAUGGAAAAGGUGCUUUCAAGGACGCUGGUAUGUACUUUGUUUUAAUCAUUAUUAUGUGAUCAAUAAUUAUUAUUAAAGUCAAGCCUCUCUACAACGGUCACCUUGGAGACAGAAGAAAGUGGCCGUUGUGGAGAGGUAGCCAUUAUGGAGAGGUUGGGUGUAAUUUGACAAAUUCUUUUUAGCGAGUACAACAAUGGCUAUUGUGCUAAGUUAAUGCUUACUGUAUCCCAUAAUGUUUAUAAUCUAAUCAUAAAUAAUCAUAAUAACCAUAAUAGUCAUAGUAAUCUAAUCAUACAUUGUACUCACUAUUUGUCUUCUCAUUGGCUAAGAGCCAACAGCUAAUUUUAGAAAUCAGCGCAACCUACAGAUUAGUUUAUCUGCUAGCAGAUAACUGACUAAUCUGUAGGUUGGUUGCACACGCAAUGCAUGAUUUCCAAUAACAAUAUUAAUUCAGGUUCCUUGUGACGGUGUGUUUGAUGUUAUUUUCGUCAAAACAAGUUAUAAUAAAACAAUUAUUAGAUUCGGUUUUAAUGAUAUCCUAAAUAUUCCAGGUCUUGUUAAGUGUUAUCAGCCUCGGCCUGCGACUCAGGUGAUAACACUUACCUCGACCUUGAUAAUUCCUGAUAUCACAAAAACUUCACCCAAUAACUGUUUAAUAUAUGGAAAAAAUAUUAAUACACAAAAAGAACAUGAAACUUGAAUGAUGUCUUGAAUCAAAAUGAACAAGUUACUUACUUUAGCAUUUAAAUUCAGUUGCCGCAAUUUAUCGUCAACACACCUUAUGGAUCAAAUUUCAUGAUCGUUCUUGACUUUUCCAUCAGUUGACGAAAAAACUGGCCAAUGUUGAGAGGUUAAUUUUUUGGCAGUUGGGGAAAUGCUUUAGUGGCCGUUGUCGUGGUAGAAAGGUGGCGGUUAGUGGAGGUUCUACUGUAAAAAGUAUUUAAUUUCAAUUAAUUUCAUCCUUUCAGAGCACGAAUAUUAAUUACUUAUAUUACUAUAGUAAUAAUAAGGCUUUACAAGAAGCCUUUACAGUUUAUGUUCUUCAAAUUAUUGGUUUUGAAAGUGAAUAACUGGAAAUUACAGACUGGGGAUUGGAAGGAAGUUUUUAAUCCAAAGGCCUUGCACUGGAUGUGUUGGCUUGGAUAAUAUCAGGUUGUCUAGAGUGUAUUGUUUUCAUGCAUUUUAUAAAUCUGUAUUAUGUUGCACAUACUUGUACAUGUGUAGCUUGCUAACAGGUUAAUUUUGAGCCCUGUUAAUUUUGCAUUGGAUGUGUUGGCUUGGAUAAUAUUAUGGUUGCCUAGCUUGUAUAGUUUUUGUGUGUUUUACAAAGAUUUAACCUGUAUUAUGUGGCACAUUCUUGUGUAUAGCUUAACAGCUUCAUUUUGAGCAUAACACUUAAGAUAUAUUGCUAAUCAUUAAUAAAUUAAUCUUGCACUGUUUACAAUUGUUUAUUUGUUCAAUCAGGCUUAGACUCUUUGUAGAUACUAUCUUUUAAACCAGGAAUAAUGUAAACUUUUAGGUAAGAAGGUAGCUGGAGACACUAGUCUGGCAAGGCGACCCCUAAAUCUUGCAGCUACACGUCAUUCAAGCUUGCAAACAACAGGGAACAUGGGUGGCAAAAACCAAGAAAGCUCUUCUCUGUGCAGAACUACUGUGAUUUCUGGAGGGACAGUUAACAAGGAUCAUUUACCAGAAGCUGGUGCUCAAAAAUCACAGGUACCCUUGCUAGCUUCCCCUUUCAGACGGUAAUUUACAUUUAUUAUGACCCCAGGAUCUUUUCUCUUCCCCCUCUCUUAUAAUAAGCACACUGUUUGAAGAGCAACUUUCCCUUCCCCUCCCCCCCCCCUCCCCACCCCUGCUAGAACAAAUUAGAAUAUAGUGAAAAAUAUUUUUCUAGUUUGUAUUUUUAUCCCUCAAAGCCUUAACGUUCUACAUACUAUUCUCAACUGUUAUUUUUAUAUGCCACUGUACAGUGACUGUGCAUGAUUAAAAACAAUUUGUUUUUGCUUUGACUAACAUUUUAAUUCUCACUACCUUGAUAUUUAUUAUGGUUAUGUAGUGGUAUCACAUAUGUAUAAAGUAGAACGUACUGUUCUAGAUUCUUUUCUAAGCAUAAACAACAAAAGCGUGUGUCAGAGUGUGUUCAGGAAAACACGAUGUUUGAUCGUUUUUUUUGAGCAAAUACCAUCAAUGAUUUCACCCUGGCUUUUGUCUUCAUCUCUAUAACCAACUGUAGAUGUAUAAACCAAAGGAGCAACCAAGAGUUUCUCUGGAACUUCCAAAAACAGUGAGUCCUUUAAAGUCAUUUCAACUGAUUUUUUAUUUCUGAAUUGGUUAGCAAAUAUUUGGUACAAAUUAAUUAUUACAUGUUAAGGGUUCACCUUUUUUUUCUGCUUUAUAGGGUCCAACAUUAAGGCUUGUCCAUAACUUUCGGCAUUCGUCACAAGUCCAUGUACAGCAUGUAUCACCUAGCAGUAAGACCUUAUCACCACCUAUUGAGGUUAAAAUGAGGUAUGGUGUCAGUAAUAAUAAUAAUAAUAAUUGUAGCGUGUUCUCAUAUUUUGAACCUGUUACCCACAACACCUGUGAUGAGUGUCACUGAAAAGACAGUAAUACAGUAGCCUGAGAGCAAGCUUUCCGGCAGUGGGGCUGGAAAAGGAAGGAGAGCUUGCACUACGUGACUGGAAUUUAAAUUCCACCAACCUCCAAUUCCCCUGUGGCUUCCUGUCGACUGAGCUCUCAGAUUUCCGCGAAACGGCAAAAAGCAGAAAACAUUGCGCAAGGAUGUAAACGCACAUUGAAAAACACGUGCCAAGGGUAAUGACAUCAUUACUAAUGUCAUCUCCUCCAAUCAGCAUUUCAAAUAGACUUUUUCGAUGCAGAUACCGUAAAAUUCCGAAAAAAAGCCCCUCCAUGUAUAAGCCCCUCCAAAUAUAAGCCCCCCAAACGGGUAACGCAAAAAAUCCUCCGUUAAAUCGCCCCUCCAAAUAUAAGCCCCCCGCGGGCUUGUACUUGGAAAAUUACCCUCAAAUACAAAGUAAAACAAAGCAAAAACGGUAAAUUUACUUUCAACUAUAAGGCUAGCCCAAUCAAUUUAGAAACGCAAAUUUCCCCCCGUAAAUAAGCCCCUCCGAAUACAAGCCCCUCCAAAAAUAAGCCCCUCAAAAAGGGCCUUUGAAAAAUAUUAGCCCUGUGCUUAUUUUCGGAAUUUUACGGUAUUCAAAUUCAAGAGANCCCCCCCCCCCCAGUGUGUGCUACCAAAUGAAAUGUCUUAUGAAUGGAAGGCUUCAGCUCAAGACUCAAAUGAAUUUCAUUUCUUUGUUAAACUAUAAAAAAAAAUCAAGUAACAAAGUCUGAGAAGUAAAUGGUUACUGCAUGAAAAAUAUGAAUGCAAGUCAUUAUUAGACUAAGAAGUACUGCAGGUCGGAAUACAGUGUAAAUACGUCACUAGGGUAUAAGUUUUAGGAGACCUGACUGUCAGCUUAUUUAGUGCCUUUAUUUUCAGCACUGUGGAUGUCCACAAGCAAUUUAUUGGUUUCCAGAGAGGCAAAGCAAGCACAGUGACAAAAUGUCAGAGUGAUGAAGAUAAGAAAAAGAAAAUUAUACGACAGCGGAGAAAAAAUGGGCGGAAAAAAGGUGACUAUGUUUAGUAGCUAUUGAUUUACAGGAGAGACCCCACUUUUAUGUUGGGCAACUAAGGAUUACUAUUAAAGUUUACAUUCAUCAGUCAAAUCACCAAAAGACCCAAACUAUUGGGGUAAAAAUAAAAAGCACAAAAAUUAAUAAAAUGUACUCCUUAUUUGCUUUGAGUUACACUGUCCAUCACUGAAGUGCAUGGAGGGUGGGAACCAUCUCAGUCAUCUGAAAGAGUCUGAAACCUUUGUGAAAAGUUUCUGUUUAAAGAGUCGACUGAGAGUGUGCAAAUUAUUUUUAGUAUAAUAUCAUACUGCUAAAGGAAAUUGAAUUAUGUAAGUAAAGUAAUGCUCAUUCCAUGUAUACAGGUGUAUGUUUUAGGAAAGUUUGUCUGUUGUUAAAAAGAAAGAGUUGACAGUGGUUAAUAUACAAAUAUACUUGCCAUACUGAAAGUUAUAAUAAUAAAAUAAAAUGUUAUCAUGCCAUGCAGAUCCAGUACCUCGUGUACUCACAAGGUUGCUCAUUUCCUUCCAUAGAAAAAUUGUAGUUCAUUGCAUGAUAGAUUGUAGGUAUAUUGGUGAAGAAAAUUUGCAUUUUAGGUUUGAUUUUUAUCACUUCAUUCCACUCACACUGUAGCAGUAAAUUGUCCUUCAGGUUAACUUGGAUUAAUUGUGAAAGUUUUGGCUGUUGUUAUAUCAAAAAUUUUCAGUUGAAACACAUUGUUUCGUUUUCAGACAAGACUGAAGAAUCGUCAACUGUCUACAGUGAGUCACAACCCGUGCAAAUCACUUUACCAGGAAGGUACUGGAUUAAUAAUUAUUAAUUAUUUAUUUAUUCAUUUAUGUUAUACUUUAGUCGUUAAAAAUGCAUAUAUAUUUGUGUUCAUUUUACCUUCAAUGAAACCCAGAAAACGGUGAGCACCAGAGGUAUUUCAGGAAUGUUAUUGUCUUGCAAGGAAAAAUCCAAUUAUGUGUGAGAAAACUUAACUGAAAGCAACAAGAUUGUAGAUUUUUAGCUUGCUUGCAUAAACUGAUCUUUGCUGUCUUUGACAUACAACAAUAAACAGUCCUGAAAUUUAUGUGUUCACAGUUUUCUGCAUUUGACAGUGAGUAUGUUAUUUUUUUUUUUACCAUAAGGCCACAAGUACCUCUGAUUUCACAUGUAUUAUGUUUUUAGCAUUGGUAUGUUCUUUGAUCACACUUUUUGUGUUUUGUUUCUAAGGCCAGUUGAAGAGGAGGUUACAAAUGCUAAGACAUCAAAAGAUGAAGAAGGUUUCAAAAGCAAGGGCCCCCAGUUAUUACGGAAAAAUAGUUCCAAGAACUUGGUAAGUAACUUUUAGAUCUAUACAGUACUGUUUUCUCUUGAAUAAAGCACUUAAAUGCUGUGAUAAACACACUUCCCUGAAUGAAUUAUGAAUUAAAAUAUGCCCAUCCCAUAAGUUCUACAUGUAGCAGACAAGUGCCCCUCCUUCUCUCAUACUGUCUUAAAUAGGAACUCUCUCUUUUCUCACUUCAACACUAUAUAUUACAAUUUGUAUACUUUUAAUUUUGAUUACACUGGCAUGUUAGUAUACUCCUUUAAAUAACACCUCCGCGUUUGGCCGAAAGUGAAAACACAGUUAAGUGCUAACAUGUUUAACCAUGCUUUAUCUUAGUUUGUACCUUUCUCAGAAAAGUCAUUGUCACUUAAUUGGUAUAACUUAAAAUAACGCACUACGUUGUGUUGAGUAUUUUCAUUGCCAAAAUAUAUUUUGCCAUAUUAUAAUAUGUAAAGAAACUGUUCAUAACAAUCAAUUAAUCCUUUUGUGUUAUUUUAUAGAUAAGUUGCAGCAUGAUGUCCUGUGAAGUAGUUGACAUUAAAGAGCUGCCACACACACCACCUCAGUCAAGCAGUAGCACAGCUCCUUUGCAACUCUGGAACAACAUGUCUGUUAGCUAAUGUAGCAUCACCAUCUUUAUUUAUUAUAACUGCAUUUUCAUCUCAGAAUUCCAAACAUUAACAUUCACGAACGGAUCACAGAAUUUUAAGUAGUCAUUUUUUAGUGUAUUGUGGGUGUGUUGACUCAUUAAUUUAACUUCUGAAACUAAAGAGGUUCUUAAAUUUACAUUGUCAUAAAAGUAGAUAUUAUUAUUUGUUUUAAGGAAAAGACAGUUAGAUACGUUAAACGUGAUUUUAUAUAUAUAUAUAUCAUUAACAUAUUAUUUAUUCAUUUUUAAAAGAAACUAUGGAAAACUAAAGAGUUCUUUUAAGACUGUGGUGGCUUUAAAAAUGCAUUUAUGCCCUAUUUGUACAAGUAUGGUGACUACCAGUAAUUAAUAUAUUUAUCAUCUGGUUAUUUCUUGUGGUGUUUGUGUUUUAAAUGAAUUUUUUAUUUAGUAAUUUAAUAAAAUUUCCUUUUAUAACAAGACAUUUGUUUCUGUAUCUUUGUGUGAUGUGUACAUAACUCUCUG